AUGGUGGCAUCAUCACAUCAGAGCUUGGACAAGGCCGAGGCCAGCCCAAAAGCCAUCCGCAGCCUGUCCUGGAGCGAGCUGUAUCAGGCCGCCGUCCAUCUCCUGGGCCAGUACGUCGGCGCCGUCAUCUCGUGCCGCUACGCCAUCCCGUCGCAUCUCCAAGGCGAAGAUGCAGACGCCCAGCUGCGCCUGACGUUCGAGACGGCCCUCGCGCGCACCGUGCUGGACCACCCUCUGCUGCAGUGCGGCGUCAUUGACGAGGACUCGCCGAAGCCGUCAUUCAUCGAGCUCGACGCGGUCGACUUUGCAAAUCACGUCGAUUGGGUGACCCUGAAUGCGUCAGACGACCUGCACGGCGCUUUGCGCUCGACUCUAGAAGCGGGAGUCGGCCACAAUUAUCCUGAUGGAGCAACACGCCCAGGAUGGAGGAUGGUGGUGCUGCGACCCAGCGGACGGGGCGGUCCAGCCGUGCUUGAAGCCGUGUUCUUCUACAAUCAUAUCGCGGUGGACGGCAUGAGCGGCAAGAUCUUUCACGAAUCGCUUCUGAAUCAUCUCAAUUCACACGAUCCCCCGGAACAGCUACAGAGCUUUCAGGACCGCGUCCUCCGUCUCGUUGAUACGGCAGCCAGGUUCCCACCCGCGCCCGAGACUAUCGUCACAUAUCCCGUCAGCAUGUGCUUCUUCGCCGGUGCUCUGUGGAAGGCCUUCAGACCCAACUUCUUUGCCGUGCGGGAAGGCCUUUCGGCGGCGUGGGCGCCUGUCCGGCUGCAGCCGUACAAGACCAACCUCCGAGUCUUUACUGUAGAGGGCGGGCCGCUGUCCAACAUCUUGGCUCUCUGCAGGGGCAACAAGACGACUCUCACGGGUCUCCUGCAUGGCAUAGCGCUGCUUUCGUUUGCUAAACAGCUCGAUCCCGCGACAGCCCCGGGCUUUGCGGCCGGCACGGCCAUUGACAUGCGCAGGGCGACGCCAAAGGCUCCCGACGGAUACCCGUGGUACGACCCGAGCCGAACAGUGUGCAACAUCCUCUCGACCAUACACCACCACUUCGACAAGCGCCUCGUGAGCGAUUUUCGCCGCUCGCUUGAGGCAGCGCCCGGAACGGACGACCGCGAAGGCAACAACUUGCGGAUGGACGCCCUCGCGCCGCUCAUCUGGUCCGCCGCACAGCGGACUCGCCGCGAGAUCGAGGCGGCCCUCGCGCUGGGCAACCGCGACAACAUGCUCGGGCUGAUGAAGUACGCAUCCGACUGGCGCGCGAUGAUGCGGGCUCAGGAGUUUAAGCCCCGAGGCGCAUCGUGGGCGGUGAGCAACAUCGGCGUCAUCGACGGGGACGCGACACCCGAGGGCACGGACGACGACGACAGGCGAUGGAGCAUAGAGGCCUCGACUUUUACGAUGAGCGCCGAGGCGGCGGGCGCGGCGGUACACAUCAGCGCCAUCUCGGUCCGGGGAGGCGAGCUGAGCGUCGAGCUGGCAUGGCAGGAUGUGGUUGACGGCGCGGUGAUUAAGCAGCUUGGAGACGACCUGGAGAAGUGGUUGGCUUAUUUUGGAUCGAUUGAUCUUGAUGCUUGCUAG